AUGUGCACCUUCACCCUCUGCCACUACGUCUGCAAGGACUGCGGCGCUGCCAUCGACUCGCAGGAGAUCGACCUCAAGCCUUGCAACAAGCAGCGCAAGAACUGGGACGAGUGCCGCGGCCCCAAGAAGAGAGGCACAACCUACCACUAUCUCAAGCCUUCCGAGUGCUUCUACUGCGGCGACACAACCUUCACCGAAGAGGAUCUGAUGGAGGAGGCCCUGCUGAACAUUGACCUCCGCCACCAACCGGCCGACAAGCGGCCUUCGCCAGAGUCGUACAAAGCCAAGGUUACUGUCCACUUCACCAACGAUCCUACCUUUGAUCCCUGGCAUCAUUACGCCACCGAUAGAGAGAUCGCCCUUUUCAAGCCGCUCUUGGACAGCGACAAGGAGCAAGGUGCUGGAGAGCGGGAUAGUGACUCCAAGACCAAUGUUGACUGCGCCGGCGAGUCCAACGCUUCAGCUGCUUACGAUCCGUGGGGACAAUACGCCUUCACAGUGGCCGCCGUGAAGAGCAAGGGAGAGAACUAG